AAAGCCAUUGUGUGUGCAUACUGGCUUUUGGAAACUGGUUCAACUAGUUUUUGUUUUUGUAACUGACAAAGCUGCUACAGCAACACUUUGCAAAUUCAAUAGAUUGCCAUAUAACUCAUGAGUUAACGUACACAACGGCAUAUUAUUGUAGCAGUAGACUGAAAUUAUUAAUCUACAAAAUAUGCGGUAUGCCUUUAAGACUGCCUCGCGUGUGUGUGAUGUCACGUCCUGUAAUAGCUAUGGUUAGAGAGCUCAUUGGAAAUGAGAGGACAACUGGAUGUUUACGUUUUUGCAGAGGUUUUUUUUCCCCCUGUACACUAAACGAAAAGUCUAAUGGCACAGCAAUUCAGCAUGCAUCUAUUUGAAAACGUUUCACCUUACGCCUACACAAGAUCAACUGAAGGUUGCCUGACGUGGUGGGGGUGUGGCUGUGAAGACAUGGAUAAUUGGGUUGAUCGCAAUGAACAGAAUCAAUUGCUGCUAUCUUCGGACGCAGAGAGCACCUUUUGCUUCAACAGCUUCUACUUUGACAACAAAGCUUUGGAUUCUACUUGACUACACGACUGGGAUUCACUCUUGAAAAGGGUCGCAGGCAAGUUGGAGCCUAUCCCAGCUGACUACGGGCGAAAGGCGGGGUACACCCUGGACAAGUCGCCAGGUCAUCACAGGGCUGACACAUAGACACAGACAACCAUUCACACUCACACCUACGGUCAAUUUAGAGUCGCCAGUUAACCUAACCUGCAUGUCUUUGGACUGUGGGGGAAACCGGAGCACCCAGAGGAAACCCACGCAGACACGGGGAGAACAUGCAAACUCCACACAGAAAGGCCCUCGCCGGCCACGGGGCUCGAACCCAGGACCUUCUUGCUGUCAGGUACACAUUGUUUGCAUGGUAUUGCAUUGCAGCCAAUGAGUUCAAAGAGGUUGGCCAGACAGAUCUACACAAAGGAAUGGAAGAGGGCGCGGCGAGAGGUGUUGAAUGUGCGAGCACUGGUGCGUGCCCAGCUGGAUGCAGGAGAUGCAGCAAACAGAGCAGAGGAGUCUGCACGAGAUGCAGCAAGCAGGGAAGAGCAGGCUGCACGAGACGCAGCAAGGACAGGCCAGGCUCUGCAAGAAGCAGAGCAACAACAUAAUGGACCUCAACACAUGCCAGAGAUACAACCGGCAGAGAUUGAAGAACAGCCUGAGUUCAUGGCAGAGCCAACAAGUUCGGUCAGCAGCUCGGAGCAGGACAGCAGCAGUCCCUCAACCCAUGUCAGUCCAGCACCCAGCCGUCGGACAUUGGAAGAGUCGUACAUUGAGGAACAAACAUCAUCCGACCCAGUUGAGGGAAUGACCCAUGGCGAAGAGGAGGGGGCUUCAGGCAUGGCUGCCGUAAUAAGGCUCCUGGAGGAAAGAAAGAGGCUCCUAUUGAGGACGACGGAUGACACAAAAAGAACCAUGGAAGAGCACAUGGGGCUAAUGACUAGGAGAAUAGAGGCUAUGGAGAGGAGGAUGGAGGCUAUGGAAAGGAGGAUGGAGGGUAUGGAGAGGAAGUCAGAGACAUUGGAGGCUGCUGUGGUCUCGAACCCGCCUCAGCCUCCUCUGCAGGAAGAUGUGCUGUUGGGCCUAUGCAGCACAGUGGAGGAGCUAGACAGGAGUCUGGCUCAACCAGAAAGAAGGAACCAAAUGAAACGUUUCCUUGAAAGCCUGGGAGGGGCGAAUCCGGGGGCAGCCAUUCGUCACAUUCUACGCCAGGUGGCUACCAACAAUGUCCUGGCGCAGUACAGCCUGAGGGGGAGGAGAGCAAAAAAGCCUUUCCAGAACUUAACCCUUUGCAAAAUUAUAACGGAGGCCUGCAUGCAGAACUUCCCUGGCAAGAAGGUAGCUGAUAUUGAGGAGUGCACUGGGCAUGCACUGAAGUUUGCACCACACAGACGGUCAGCUGGUCCUCAAGAUUGAAGACGUACAGCAACUUCUAUGCACAUGCACCCGUUUUUGGCAUUUCUAAAAUUUUUCUCAUUUUUUGCCUUUAUUGUAUUUUAUUAAGAAAUAGUUUUCAUAAUUGUCUAUAGUUGUCAGAUGUUUUAUAAUGUAUAAUAAUGUUGCACUGUGUUGCUGAUGUCCUUACCAAUGUUGUAUUCUUGAUAUUUUUUUCUAUUAAACUUUC